ACAUGUAGCCUACUGGAAACUGUGCGCAUCGCUCCAAACUAACGUUGUUUGUUAGGACGUUUUCUCUCGUGGAUUUUACUCCGGAGACGGCGCGGGCGCAUAAUGUCUGUUAAGUGAGUGACGCGCGACUGUUACUCAUAUAAUAUGUCAAGCCGUAAUAUAUGAGAGUCUGCCUAUCAGGAGAGGAUGACACCUCAGCCGCGCGUCUCGAGAAUGGAAACUCAACACGGGAGCAUCAUGCGUUGCAUUGGACACUAAAAUCAAAAGUGAAGAGACGCGUUGCGAAGAAGUUAGGCAAACAAAGGAGGAAUACUAACUAAUGAUAGAAAAACUGUUUGUGCUUUUCAUCAAAGUGGGAUAUUAGGGGUUGGAAACGGAGUGCGUAUUUUGGGUGCGUUACUUUUGAUGUCUCCAAUCAGCACGACUGGAAAGGUUUUUACUUCCUGUGAUAUAAUCACACCAUGCCUGAGGGGGCGGGCCGCGACAGCCAGAAAAAAAACAGCAACCAAGUUGCCAAGCGUCCUUCCUCCGUGUCUUCGCUGAGUGGGAUCCUGAGCCGCAUGGCCUCCUCGGGAGGAGCGUCCCGUGGGAGCUGCACCUCUGUGAACACUGUGUGCUCCGACAGCGACCGCGGUGCCAGUCUCAGCUCCUCCGCCUCCUCUGCCUCGCUGCAGGAUGGACACUCUUCUUCUUCAUCCUCAUCACUUCCCUAUGGAGCCGUGCCAUCUUACCCCGGGCCCCAACGUAACGGCUCUGACAUCAGCCUGGACCUCACACCUCUCUCUCUGCUGACGGGAGCCGGUCCACCUCCUGGCUCUACAACACCGAUGCCCAAACUCACUCGCCUGGAGAGGGUGGCACUGGAGAUAGUGGAAACUGAGCAGGCCUAUGUGAGGGACCUCAAGAGCAUUGUGGAGGACUAUCUUGGCUGCAUUAUCGACUGCGGCGACUUACCUCUCAAACCUGAGGAGGUCAGCACCCUCUUCUGCAACAUUGAGGACAUCUACGAGUUUAACAGUGAGCUUAUGGAAGAUUUGGAACGUAGCCCGCAUGCAGCUGCCAUAGCGGAGUGUUUUGUGGAGAGGAGCGAAGCUUUUGACAUUUACACCAUAUACUGCAUGAAUUACCCCAAUUCAGUCGCCGUCCUGAGAGACUGUAUGAAGAACGAGAGCCUGGUGCGCUUCUUCCAGGAAAGGCAGGCCACCCUGUGCCACUCGCUGCCCCUGGAGACGUACCUGUUAAAGCCUGUGCAGAGAAUUCUGAAGUACCAUCUCCUACUGCAGGAGCUGUCCAAACACUUUGAUAAAAGUGAUCCUGGGUAUGAGGUGGUGGAGGAUGCCAUCAUCACCAUGACAGCAGUGGCUUGGUACAUCAAUGACAUGAAGAGAAAACAGGAGCAUGCGGUCAGACUGCAGGAGAUCGAGAGUCUGUUGCUGAACUGGACUGGUCCUGACCUCAGCGGGUUUGGAGAACUGGUUCUUGAAGGCUCCUUUAGGGUUCAACGGGUGAAGAAGGAAAGAGCAUUCUUUCUUUUUGAUAAAAUGCUUCUCAUUGCCAAGAAGAGGCUGGAUCAUUUCAUAUACAGCACUCACAUCUUUUGCUGUAAUCUGCUCCUAGUGGAAAACAUGAAGGAUCCUCUCUGUUUUAAGGUGUCGGACCAGACAAUCCCAAAACAACAACACAUUGUUCAGGCUAAAAACCAGGAAGAGAAGCGGUUGUGGCUGCUCUACCUCAAGAGGAUGAUAGUGGAAAACCAUCCUGCAUCCUUACCCCAAAAAGCAAGACAGGUUCUAGGUGACAGCUUCUGUCAAUCCCCACAGUUUGAUCAAGAGCCAUUAAGAAAGCCAAUGCCUUCUCCGAGAAUGGAUGAGGUUCAGAAUUAUCACAGAGGAAGAAGGCAAUCAGAACCACCAGAAUUCAUAUACACCCCUGAGAAAGCCAGGAAAUGCCUUCCACUCCUAUUAGAGGGAAAUCUGCCAUACAGACGUGGGAGAAGACAGUCCGCCCCUGCCAAAGAUAUAGAAUCUGCAUUUCAGCAAAGGGUUUCU